UUUAGAUGGCAAAACGAUUCGAGUUCCAGUUCGAAGAGGACGAAGAAACAUGGCUGACACCACAGCUAUCAGAGCGAUCGGUUGGCACACAGUCAAAGCCUGUCGAUCUGAAAGAAUGGUUUGGCCAAAUAAAAACUUCCGAUCGAGCUUCGCUACUCAGUAAAAAGCUGCAGAAAUAUGCUCAAAAAAGAGCAGCCCGAAACGAACGCUUACGUUUGGGAUCAACGCCAUCUCUAGAUGUUGUAGCUGAGGCUGACGGAAGUCCAGAAACUGUGCAUGUUCCAGAAGAUUUCAAGCCAAUGUGCACUUCCACAUCAUCAGUAUGUUCAUCUCCUGAGAUACAAGGAAGCAAAACAGAAUUCCGACGCUCACAAAGCGAGCAAGCGAACGACUCGGGCCUCUCGAACAGCUCCUCAGAUCAAUCAAACACCACGUCUCAGAGCAGCUCCAUCACAAAGCCCCUGCUAAGCUCUACACCUCACCCUGGAUCCAGCGCUUCCGCACUUGUUACUGCAGCAGUGGAGGUGUCGCCAAUAGAAUGCUCGUCAGCCAAUCAAGGCCCAUCAGAUUCAGAUGAGGAGUUCUACGACGCAAGUUCGGACUUCUGUGAGGAUGUACAACACUUGUUGAUGACCUCGUCACUGCAUGAAGAUCAGCUCGGCAGCAACGGCAUGUUGCCGGAUGAUGAUUCGGGUAUAUCUGUUGUUCGCAACUGUAUGACUCAGUCUUUAAUGAAAGUGGAGGAAGAGACACCGGCUACUCAACUGAUUGUUCAGGCCAACAACACUAAGCCAUUGAGAUCGAGCUCUGUCAGUCCGCGAACAGUCUCUACAACAGUUUCUAGGCCAAAUCAAAUGAGUCUUCCAUCAAAAGAGUUCUCAGGAAGUAUCGAACAGCGUCCUUCUCAACAACACUCUACUACUACCCCAUUGUCAUCAAGAUCUCGAAAAACUGCAUCGAAAACGCAGACGAGGUUAUCACGACCAGUUUCAACAACAGUGCGUCCCUUGGCGAACACCCGUCCGAACACUGCCGGACAGGCUACCACUCCUCUUGGACUAAGUCAGCGACAUGUUGCCCAAUCCGAUGUUCGUGUACCUAAUCCGAAAGCUCAGCUUCUACAAACGUUGAUAUCGAGUCCUGUUGUUGCCAGCAAGGAUGCGGAUCGGAAUAGCAACAAUAGCCCCACGCCGGAUAACUUGAUAUCACGCGCAGCAUCUGCAGCGCGGCCGUCACCACAAUCCCAAGACGACAUUCCCGAUCUUGCAGCUUUGAGGGAGAUCGCGAGACAACAAGAGGAAGCAUUACGCCAGGCAGUAGAGCAGCAACAACACGGAUAUGUUGAACGGAAGCAUUCAUGGCAAAAUGAUGCUCUCUCGAAGAGUGCACACUCGUCAGCCGGCUCACUUGUCAGCAGCAAAUCCGUAGAUGUCCUCCAUAAAACAAAUGCGAAUCCUUCGAGAAUUCCUGCUCCUACGCGACUGCCCAGGAAAACUGGAAUACCUGCACCGGCAAAAAGAGUUGGAGCUGCUGUACGCUGUGCUUCGGCCGUCCCACAGCUUGCCGAUGAUGACGAGUGCUUCUGAAGAUUCUGUUGCGUUUAAUUCACUUGUGAUGUCCUUUUCCAGCAUGUCAUUUCCACGAAACAGAGGUAACACUCCGUGAAUGUCUUUUCGUAUGGGUGCCUAUACGAGCUUCCUAGAAUAUACUAUUCCAAAUGAUUUUUGUUGUUUCCUUUCUUUUUUCUUUAAUUAUAUGACGAUUGCAAGAAGAGGAGUUCUUCUUUACUACGCUAAUGACGAUACGAGUUUAUCGCUUCUCUUUCGCCUAGCAGGUCGCUUAGAGUCAGUUAUUUUGCCCGCACAUCCUAAUCAGUUACUUGUGCAUAAGAUUUUUAUCGAGUCACUAUUGCCCUUUAGUCAUCAUUGCUCUGUAAUCCUUAUGUUUGUCCUUUAUAUUAAUCUGUAAGCAGAUGUUUGUAAUCUAUAACGAACGAAUUCAAAGCUUUCAAUUCUGCAAUUCAUCCUGCUUUGCAGCAGGUCUUCCACAACCAUAUAGUUAUGGAAUCUCUGUGGGCAUUUGUACUUGUGUAUGGUAUUAUUUAUCCAAGCAAUUCCGGUGUUGCCCUACCAUGGGUAUUUUUCUUUUCUUUUGCUUUACUGGGUCAUUUGAGUUCAAUGACAUAAGAAUAAAGGGUCAUCAUAU